GGGUAUAGACACUUUAGUAAACUUGAUCCUUUAGAAUCUAAACCCUUUUAGUAUUCGGAUCACGCCAGGAAAUUGGGAAUCGAAAGAUCUUCGUGUCGUAUCACCAGUUGUCUUUUGUCGCAUGUGUUAGUUUAGACUGGAGAGACUCACUCGUCCAUCGGCCAAAGAAGCCUCCGAGCGUAGGAGCUAAUAUCGAUUACAUUCUGUUGAAUUUAGAGAACCUGUGAGAGCAGUGGUUAUAAUGUCAGCGCGCGGGAUAGCCAAGAAGAGGCAGAAGAAUGUCAGUAAAUCCCAGCGUGCCAAUGUCCUGUUUCCCGUGGGGCGCCUGCACAGGUACAUGAAAGCAGGUCCUGGAACACGUAAGCUGAGGAUCGGCGUCGGGGCGCCCGUGUACGCCGCCGCUGUCAUCGAGUACCUCACAGCUGAAGUCCUGGAACUGGCAGGGAAUGCAGCACGUGAUAACAAAAAAACCCGCAUCACCCCAAGACAUAUCUUGUUGGCAAUCGCUAAUGAUGAGGAGCUCCACCAGUUGCUUCGCAAUGUCACCAUUGCAUCGGGAGGAGUACUUCCCAAGAUUCACCCUGAGCUGUUGGCUAAGAAGAAGGGUGGAAAAUUUGUUACAGGAGGCAACACACCUGUGGCAGUGCCCUACAAAAAACCCAUUGCUACAAAACCUCCAGCGCACAAGAAGAUAACAAACAAAAUGAACGGCAAUGUCAAUGGAGCCACACCAACCAGUGGGGCUUCACCAACUUUAUCUAAUGCCAUGGCAGUGGCAAACAAGACUCCAAAUUCUGCUGCAAAUGCUGCUGCAGGGUCAGCCUCCCCACUAAAAUUGAGAGCUAAAGGUAAAGACAUUUCAUCAGUUUUGCCACCCCCAGGACCAUUCACUGUACUCUCAGAGAAGAAACUCUUUCUUGGCCAAAAGCUAACGGUGAUACAGUCAGACAUAUCAACAGUGACAGCAGAUGCACUUGUUCACCCCACAAAUUCCAACCUUGAUUUCCUUGGUGAGGUAGGACAAGCUCUAAGCAAAGCUGCUGGCAAGGAAUUUGUCCAAGAAGUCCGUAAUGUAGCAAACUGUGAGGGCCCUCUGCCAGCAUGUGGUGUUGCUAUAUGCAGUGGGUUCAAGCUUCCAUCACGUUGGGUCAUUCAUGUAAAUGGACCAACCUUAGGAGAUGUGGAUGCAUUUGAUAAGUUAGAACGAUGUGUCAAGAACUGUUUAGUUCUUGCUGACAAACAAAACUUGAAAUCUUUGGCUCUGCCUUCCAUUGGUAGCGGCAAAGCUGGAUUCCCAAAGCAACAAGCAGCACAAACCAUAAUCAAGUCCAUCUGCAGCUACUUUGUUAAUGUCAUGUCAUCUUCGCUGAAACAGAUAUAUUUCGUCCUCUACGACAUGGAAAGCAUUGGGGCAUAUACUGCAGAACUGGCAAAGUUGGACUCUUAAAGGCAGUCUGGCAUUUGAUAUAUGGAUCUCCAAACAGCCUCAAAAGUUAGAGUACAAGUUAAUUCUCCUGAUCACUGAGGCAACACAUAUUGGGAAGGAACGCUCAAUCCAGCCUUGGCAUAAUAUCCACACUGUCGUUACAGCCAUACUGCGCAUUUCUCUCCACUUGAAUGAUCCCUCAUUUAUUACCGUACCAAUGUGGAUAAGUCAGAAUAGUUUAAGCAAAGAUUUUAUCUUGUUUGUUGGAGGAUUGGAGAUUGUUGAUGCAUUGCAGACUUGACAGUUCAUUUGUAGUAGCCAUGUAAUAGUUGCUUAUUGAACAGUUUGACAGAAAGGAACCUCAAAAGAGAAGUGACCCAAGUUUAAAGUUUACUAAGUUAUCCAAGUUAAGUUUAGUAAAAUUACUCACUGAAAUAAGUACUUACCUAAUUUUGUUACAUGCAGAAUCAUGCACGAGAUUAAUUUCAUGUUUUGUUUCUCAGCCAAAUGGCUCUCUGUCUAUUGUCUGUUGAUAUGUGAUUGGCUUCUGUGGUGCUUUAAUAGCAAGUGAUAUAUUUGUUUGUUAUGGACAUGUGUUUAAUGUAUGAAGACAUGUAAACAUGACCUCAACAUAAACACAUUUGUGUAAACAUACCUAGAGCUUUAUGUUAGUCUAUGAAAAUCUUUAUAUUUAUUUCAGUUUUUAUUGAUUUUUGUUUUUCUGUUAUUGACUCAAAGAGUGAUUAAGCUUAAGUGUAAUAUAGUGGAAAAUGAGACUAGUCGUGAUUGAAUUAUAUAAGAAAACAUUAAUUUUGUUAUGUAAAUAAGCAUAUUUUAUUUAAGAGUGCCAAGCAGCUUUUCCAUGGGUAUCAUUGACAAGUGAAUUUUCCAGUCAGUGAACUUGGCAGUGAGGAGAAUUUGAAAGAAGAUUGAUUUGAGGAAAUUGGAGAAUGUGAAAUAUAUUUGUGUUUCACAGAAUGCAGAUAUAAAGUGAGACUCCAGUUUGCAUCAAACAUUGCUGGGGUAACUAUAGUGAACUAGUGAUUCCCCAGUGUGAUGCCAUUCAUUAGUCAUGGUGUCAAAUAGUCACAGUCCUUGUUGGAAGUGGCAGGAUUGACUUUUUUAUUAAGUACAUUUUUCACCUAUGAUCAUAUAUAUAGUUUCUGGUCCUGUGGUGCAAGUGAACACUGCUAGCCAUCUUGCAACUUCCUGAUGAGAGAACACACAAUUACUAGUAUAGAAUAAGAUUGAUGAAGUGGUUUAACCCUUGCCUCUGUUUCCUUUGUGUUGGCUGUAUUUACCUCUAGUUUUUAUUAUUUGUUUCUAAUGAUCACCAUGGAUCAAAGGAAAAUUAAGUGUUAAAUGAAUUCAUUUUACUUGUGAGAUGUUUUUCAUAAGCACUGGAGUGGAAAUUAGUGCAUUAAUGCAGCAUAGUGCUUCAUGCUUAGAUUGGUUUGGAAACACAACAGGUUUGUCUGAUGAUAAUCAAGUGACUAUAUAUAGAUGUGUAUAAAUGCUAAGUCAUAUGUGAUAAUACAAAUAAUGGAUUGCUUGAAUAUACAUAAUGGAGGCUGGAUUAACGAGAAUAAGUUUGUCAAAAGUUGUUUAGAGUCCUGAUCAUAGAUACUGAAAAAGCAUUGCUUUCUUAAGAGACUUGGCUUUAUCAGAAUUGCAUAUAAUGCAGCAAAUGGCUGUGAACUUAAACUUUCAUUUAUAGGUUACGUUGUAGUAGAAAGAGUCCAUUUUUAUCUCAGUGUUGAAAAUGAAAGAUGCAAUAUGUCACAUGGAAUAUAAGGGAGGAAAAUUAAGGGCAUUUGGUUAAUUUGCAUAAGAAAUACCUUUGACUAACAAAGAUCAGAACAGGCUUUGUGCAGGUGGUUGAAAGAAGGAUCUUGCAUCGUUGUAGUUUUCAGUUGAGAGUUAGAUUUGAGUGUAGACUUUGUGCAUUUGCACUUAUGGGUAGAAAUUAAAGUUAUCUUUUAUCAAAAAUGCAAAGAGAAGUAGCUGGCUGCAGCAUAUCAAAGGAUUUAGUCAGCAAUGACAUUUUUUUACCUCAGUCAGUGCAGAGGUGGUUGGAUUAAACAUAGCUAGGAAGGUUAUGACAAAUAUUUUAGAUUUCUUUGUUAUUCUUCUCCAUAUUUUUAUGUAAUUUGUUAUUGUUGUUUUUGACGUACUUGUAUUUGGAGUCUUGUAUCCAGUGAUUAUUUAGAUUACUUUGUGUCAAAAAGAGGCACAAGAUGUGUGAUGUUAAUUUAAGUGAUGUUUGUUACAUUUCAUCUAUUUAUGUGAAUUUAAGACAAAUCUUUACAAAGAAAAUUUAGAAAUCUCCAUGGUCUUGCUAAGGGAAUUCAUGUAUAGCUAUGAUUUAAUUGAUAAGUUAAAACUGCUCUUGUCAAAUGUUAAUCUUCCUAAGGAAAAGGGCAUUAUGUAGGUCAUGCUUGACUUACAAAGCCUGCAUUUGUGAUUGUGUAUUGUGAUGGCCAAAAAGUGUGAAGAAAGAAAAGAUAGAGUUGGAAAUGUGAGAUUAUUUAUUCUAAGAAAAUAUUAUAAAAGUAUUUGAUUAUUAUAUCAUAAAUUUUGUUAUUAUUUUAUAGUUAGUUUAUGUAUUUUGUCAUUUUCAUGGGAAUCAAAAAUCAAUAUAACAGACUAUCUUGAAUGGUGUGGCAAGUAUAUGAAUAAGUGUUUAAGGGCUCAGGGAUUUUCUUUUUACAAUCCCUCUUUAAAGAAUUGAUAAGGAGAACAGGGUUGGAAUAAUCAGGACUGAUCAUUUGUUUUGGGUAUCCAAAUUUGUAAUUAAUUUGCUGGUUUCUCAUUUGGUGGUUUGCUGAAGUAAGGAGUAAAUUUUAUCCAUAAGCAAGUUGCAUGUGUACGUUCAUGUUAAUGUAAGUUUGUACAGUCGUAAAUGGCAACAGCAUUAGGUUGGAAUUGAUAGAAACAUCCCAUUAGAUAAUGUCCUUAUGUGUGGUUAAUGUGCACUUACACUUGUGAACUCUGUCUUUUUGGUAUCUGAUUGUAUCAUUUUGACAAAUACAUUACAAAAAAAAUAUUUUCAGUGAAGUUUAGUGUGUUUUAAAACUGUAUUUAAUACCAUGUACUGAGCAUUAUGUUAUUUCAAUGCUCCUUUUAAAACCAUAUGCUUAAAUUUUAUGUUUAAAGAUGUGAAUUGUUGAAUUGUUUCCCCAUGUUCAAUUCAUCAUAUUGGCGAGCAUGCUUGAAAUUUCUAGUUAUUAAGGAAAUAUUCAAAGCAGUUGAACCACCAAGUGCUAGUGAAAGGAUGAGGGCUGAAUCAAAUUCUUUCCCUCAUCAAGUUCAGUUCCUAGCAAUUGUAACAAGAUGGGCAAUCCCCCAGGAUGGCUCUAGCAAGGGCCACUAAUUGGGCUCUUGCUCGAACUUACACCAAAUAGCAAAGUGAGUUCAUGUAAUAAUGUUUGGAUUCUGAAGGCAUAUUUUAAGUUAUAAAUAUUGAACAAAUAGAGGUCUUUUUGUUCUUACCUCUUGCAGAAUUUCUAUUUGCUGUUGAAGCCAUACAAUUUGAGAACCUAUUCAGAGCCAGGCAUUUAAGACAGAAGUUCACUCAGUUUUACUCUAAUUCUCUUCAUACGUUCCUGACUUGUUCUCUGCAAUUUAAAGCUAAGUAUGUGAGCAGCACGGACUGAUUCACAAGCCAGCCAGAAUAGAAAUAGGUAGUUCAUGUAUUAUUUCUAAAUUUCAUUCAACCCUGUUCAAAAUCUCUUGCAGCUCCAUUCAGUAUGUUGCCACCUACUUAAAGUCAUUAGUUGUAAAAUAUACAGAAAUAUAAAGGUAACUGCAUUUUGAGUGAAUUAAAAGUGAUGUGACUGUUUUUUUAUUUUUUAAAUUUUGGUUGGGUGUUAAAAAUUUUCACAAGUGUUAAAAUGUGCACAAACAGUCACAAAUGUCACCAAAGUAUUUUAGAAGAAAACAGUGUGAUGCAAACAUGUAUAGUGGCAGCAAAGAAGGAUGUGUGUGUGCUAAGGAGACAGAUGAUAUUUCUUGUAUUAUGUACCUAUAAUGUACAUAACUUCUUACGCUGUUUGAAACCCUAUAGAACUAGAAGGUUUAGACAAUGAUUCAUGAAGUUCAUUAUGAAAGAUAGUUUUGUUUUUCCAUAUACUGUAGAUUAGAAAACUUCUGUCACAUAUUUGUUUUUGUUUUUCUGAUAUUUUGUGAGACCUUGGUUAGUGCUUCAUAAGUAUGUGUAUGAGAAUAUGAAAUAAUGUAUAUGUGAACUUCAAAUUUCAGGAGAUAUAUAAAUGAAAUUUUUAACAUUCAUGUAAUAAACAAAGAGUUGGAUAAUAUUGUUUCUGUGCCAUGCUGUGCUUUCUGAUUAUUAACCAAAUUUAAUGACAUGCAAGAGUUUAACAACUUUAUCACAAAUGAUGUGUAAUAGUGGAAAUUAAUAUUUUUAGGCUUCAGAGUCUUGUAAUAAAAAGUGUUUUUGA